GACAGUUUUUAUUUUUUUUUCGUGUGAAAAAAUUGCGAAUUGCGAUGCAUUGCGUUAAUUAAUCCUUUAUUAAUCGUUCGAGGUGAAUUAAAUCUCUAAAAUGGAAGUAGUUAAUAGUAUUUUACAAGGUAUCGAAGAAGAUAAAUGCCAGGCUGUGAAAAGUAUCGAAGUCAAGAAACUAAUAGAACCCGAUUUCUUCGCCGAAGACCUUACGGUUGCUGAUACUAACGAACUGAAUUACAAAGAAUUACACGACAACCAAGAUGAAUACUUGCAAAAAUACGCCAGAGAAUGUGUGCAAUAUUUAGUCAAUAAGUUAUCCGCUUUCCCGAAGGAAUCUAAAGAUGGUUUGACGUUCAUCAAAUGUUCCGGAGCAACGUACGAGUUACCUAGAGAAAAACCAAUACCAGUCCCUAAACCGUUAACUAAAUGGCAAAGAUACGCUAAAGAAAAGGGUAUCAAGAAAACCAAGAAACCCCGAGUGACCUGGGACGAUAUUUUACAAAAAUGGGUUCCAACUUACGGUUACAAGAAAGCUGCCGCUGAGAAAGAGAAGGAAUGGUUGAUAGAAGUACCUAAAAAUGUCGACCCCAAGACUGACAUGUUCGCCGAGAAGAAGAAAGUCAAGAAGGAAAACAUCGCUAAGAACGAAUAUCAACGAUUACGUAAUAUCGCCGCUGCUAGAAAAGUCAAAGUUCCCGAAGUUGGUGUACCUCCUUUGGAAGGAAGAAUGCAACCAUCACAACUUCAAGUAGCUGCUUCCGUUGCCAGAACUGCUACAGCUUCGCUCGGAGAAUUCCAACCCAACUUACCUGGUGAAAAAGUUAGCAAAAAGAAGAAGAUCGGUAACAAAAAGAAAACACCCUACAAGACUCCAGCUGAAGAAAAAGCUUCUCAAAAAGCGAUUAACGAACAAUUACAGAAACGUGCGAGACAACCACAACCAAACACGAGCACAGUCAACGACGCGAUAAAUAGUAAAAAAAAUAAAGGAGAUAAGAAAACGAAAUCCAAAAAGAAAGCUCAUUCUUCUUUCAAGAAACCGAAAUCGGAAAAAAGUAAUAAAUCUAGUAAACGUGGAAGUGGCAGGAAAAGGAGAUAGAUUUAAGUAUUAUAAUUUUCUAAUAAAAUUGUUUCAAUUUCAA